CCCUAAACCCUCGAGAAGCUGACACCCAAACCUUGGUGAAAAACUUUUAACUUCUUGAUCAAUUGCAUAAUUAGCCAAAACGGGUCUACCUGUGUGGAUGCUUGGGUUGGGUGCGGAUCGGUUGCGGGCCGAUAUGAACCGUUUACUUGCACUACUCUUUCACCAGGGAGUGCUGGAUGAGCAGUUCUUGCAGCUGCAGCAGCUUCAAGAUGAAAGCUCCCCGAACUUUGUAUCAGAAGUUGUGAAUAUCUACUUCCAUGAAUCGGAGAAGCUCCUGAGGAAUCUCAGAGGAUUACUGAUGGAUAGAGAGUGCUCGGACUACAAGAAAAUGGGAAUCCAUUUAAAUCAGUUUAUAGGAAGUAGCUCUAGUAUUGGCGCCAAAAGAGUCAGAAAUGUGUGUGUUGCCUUUCGCGCCGCUUCUGAGCAGAACAAUCGAGCUGGAUGCUUGAGAGCUUUGGAGCUGCUGGAGCACGAGUACUGCUACCUCAAGAACAAGAUGCACGAACUGUUCCAGCUUGAGCAGCAGAGACUGUUAGCAGCUGGAGUGAGAUACCCAAUGCAGAAUUGAACCAAUACUAUGGGUUCCUCAUCCAUUUGGGUACUAUUUUCAUCUGGGUUUUUGCUAAAAACCAAGCUAAACUACCAGGGCUACUGUAAUAUUGCUGCUAGUCUGCUACGUCUAGAGAAUGGAAAAGCGGCUACUGUUACUUGCCUUCAAUGUAGAGUUAAUUCUUUUUUUUUUUUUUUUUUUUUAGAAUUUUGUCAGGUUGUAAGUUUGAAUGAAAAUGAUCUAGCAAGUUGAGAAUUUCAGUUCCUGUUGUGAUAUCAAUUCUUUUUUCAAGUUAGCGGUCAGUGUUAUAUGGGUUCAGCUUUUCGUAGAUGUGUUAAUCAGGGCUUCUAAUAUAACUGUGACCUUUAACAGCUGUGAGUCUGUGACCUGUGCCGG